UCAUUUUUUUUCUCUCUCCUCCUCCAACUGUUGUCGAUUUUCUUCUGCUGCAGAAAUUUUUUAGACUAAAUCUAUUUUCUUCUGGUCCUAGGGUUACUAAAUUCGGUUUACAGAAGAUUUUACAUCUGAUUUACGAAUAUUCGAUUUACAACAGAUUAAUUUUGAUUUCCUACCUGAUUUUUUUCAUUUCACGGAGCUGAUUUUGGUUUUCGAAGACGAAUUUCCAGAGCUGAUUUGGUUUACGAAGAUUGAAAAUUCGACGAUUUUGGUUUUAGGUCAUAUUGGAUUUUGUAGAGACGAAGAUUUGAUUCGAUUUUUACAGAGACGAAGAUUUGAUUCAAUUUUGCAGAGUUUAAUUUGAAGUAAUUCUGGAUUUCUUCUUGUUUCUGAGAGGAAGAGUUCAUUCGAUUUGCGGAGAUUAAUAUGAAGUAAUUUUGGAAUUCUUCUUGUUUCUGCAAUUGUCACAGUUGAUCUGUUCGUUGAGGGGGAUUCUAAUUGUGGUGCUUCUAGAUCUUCAUAUGGUAUUUCCACGCAGUCGCUCAGUGACAAUGAGUCAUGUAGUGGGUUCACUGAGACUUCAAAGAUUAAAUACCUGAUGGAAGGUCAUGAGGAAUUAAAACCUCUUUUGUCUAACGGUUGUGAGGAUAUUUUUAAAGGUGUUGGUCAAUUUUUUAUGGUGGUGUUGAUGAGGUGCGCUUAGCCGUCGACAAAUAUUGCAGCAAGUAUGGUCAUAUAGUUGCAAAGGUUAAGGAUGAUAGACUUAAGUUCACAGUCAAGUAUGGUAGGAAUGCAGAUUAUCCUUGGUAUAUGCACAUUAUUCCAAUUGAUACCGCUAAAAGUGUCUUUGCUAUCAAGGAAUUCAAUAGAAAUCAUACAUGUGGUGGUGCUUAUAAGAUGAAGGAUCCCCCUGUGAAGAAGAAAUUGAUCAAACAUCUAUUCAAGGAUCAAAUACAGUCAAAUCCGUCGAUAAAGCCUUUGGAUAUUGUUGCUCAGGUGAAGAGUUGUUACGGUAUUAACAUAAAAUACCAUCAUGCUUAUAAAAGGAAGGAAGCAUCUCAGUCAGAGAUAUAUGGUGAUAAUGUAAAAGGUUUUGUAGAUCUUGUUUGGUAUGUCCAAGCAAUAGAGGCUACCAAUCCUGGUAGCUAUGUUAAGUUUGAACCGGUAGUUUUCUAAAUGAACUGACAGUUUCAUCUUAUAUUUUUCUCAAUGAACUGAUAGUUUUAGUUCUGUUAUUUUCUUUUAUACUGUAGAUUUUUUGCCUUUCGCGUUUGUUUUAGUUCCUUCAUAAGACAUUGAAGGUUGAGAGUGGUUCAUGGAAAACUUGCAGUAUGUGUGCACUCUCGUCCUAUCACCUUUACCACUGAUCGUCAUGAAGGGCUGAUGCAAAGUAUUCCUAAGGUUUUUCCUAACUCGCAUCAUAGUUACUUUUUUUUAUCAUUUGAAGAAUAACCUCCCUAUCAAGAAAGGACAUGAUAAGUAUAAACAAGUACUGAAUUUUUUCCAUAAAAUUGCAUAUUGUUACAGUGUUGCUAAAUAUGAGUCUGCUUUGAAUGAGAUGUGUAUUAUUGGAUGUGGUUGGGUUACCAAGUACCUCAGAAAUACCGAUCCCAAGCACCGGGCAAUUGCUUUCUUCAUAGGAUAUAGGUAUAUGACACACUCAUCAAGUAUUGUAAAAUAUUUCAAUAACUAGAUGCAUCGUGAAAGGAAUUUGCCUCCAGCUGCUCUUGUUGAUGAGCUCGGGAUAAAGAUUAUGAGGAUGAGUUCAGAGAGGCACGAGCUUGGUAGAACUUAUCUAGAUAGUUUGACUCUCAUCUACAAAGAUAUAUUCAAGGAACAUGUCGAUAUAGGUCGUCCAUGGAAUGUUACCGAGUCAGGUAACGAUAUAUAUGAGGUGCACUCUCCCAGCUCUCAUGAUGUUGAUCUUAUGCAGAUGACCUGUACUUGCCAGAGAUAUAAAGUGUCUGGGUUCCCUUGUGCUCACGCCACUGCCACUAUUACUCUCAAGGGUGCUGAGAUUUUGAUGUAUAUUCAUCCUUACUUUGGUUCAAAUCAUUUUCGUAAUUCUUAUACUCCUGCAAUUCGACCCAUUCCCAACUUCGAUAGGCCUGAAGUGUAUAAACCUGAAGACAUAGUUUUUCCUGGUACUCCAAGGCCAGCUCCAGGAAGCCCAUCAAAGAAGCGUAUUCGCGGUGCCUAUGAGAAGGAGAGGAGGCCUAUGAAAUUCUCAAAUUGCAAGAAGAUUGGGAAUCAUAACAAAGCUACCCGUCGUCAAUUACUGCUGGAGUAGUAUGUUGUUGAACUGCUAUUAGUAUUGUUUUAAUAUUCUUUUUCCACUUUAGUUUUUUAAACUAAUUUUUUUCUUUUUAGAAAAAUGUUGUUCUAGUUCAUUUUUUAGAAUGAACCUUUUUAUUGGUAUUAGUUUUCUGAAAUGUUGUUCAUUUAUUCGGAUGAACCGAUUCAACUGAUUUUAGAGUUCAGUGUCCAGAAUGAACUUGGAUUCUUGAAUCAUUUUUACCAUAUGACGGUUCUUUUUUUGGAAUGAACCAAAUAAAUGUUGUACUAAACAUGUUUUACUUAAUAUGAAAUUUU